GCUGGGGGGGUGGAGACGUCAUCAAGUGACUCUUACCUCAAUUCUGUCAAACUGUUUCAAAAUCGAAUCAAUUUUAUCACGUGAUUUAAAUGUAUCUGUAUAUCAAUAAACAUAUUUCUUGAUGGAACACGAUAACCAUGUGUAAAUGGGUUCUUCCAUUGACAAGUGCCUCCCCCCUCGUCUGCUGCAGAGAAUGAGAAACCUUUGCCUAGUAAUAGGCUGCUGAUAAUAAGAAUAUUCUGAAAUAAUUUAUCCACUGAGGAUCACAGGGGGCAUCAUGUCUGUGGCCUUUGCAUCAGCCAGACCCAGAAGCAAGGGAGAGGUCACCCAGCAAACUAUACAAAAGAUGCUGGAUGAAAACCAUCAUCUAAUACAAUGUAUCAUGGAUUAUCAGAGCAAAGGCAAGACUGCUGAGUGUACACAAUACCAACAAAUCUUGCACAGGAACCUUGUGUAUUUAGCCACAAUUGCCGACUCUAACCAGAACAUGCAGUCUCUUCUCCCCGCGCCUCCCACACAGAACAUAAACCUGGGACCCGGAGGGUUGUCCCAGACGGGCCCCAGCCAGACCCUGCACUCUCAAGGGAACUUGAGUGACGCUUUGGGAUCCAGCCUGCCACCCUCUUCACUUAUGCAGGGUCAGAUCAGCAAUGGACCAAACCAUGUGUCCAUGCAGCAGUGUGGCCAAACCACUUUGCCCACCACUACCAUGAGUAUGGCUGUGAGUACCCAUGGCAGUGCCCCUGGAUAUAGCCACACUGUGCCAAGCUCUCAGAAUGUGCCCAUGCAGAGCCAAGGGAGCAUUGGCAACUAUGUGGCACGGGCAAACAUGAACAUGCCAAGUAACCCAGUGACCAUGAUGCACCAGCAGGCCACAAGCUCCCAUUACACUUCAGCGCAGGCAGGCACCCAGCAUUACCAGGGACAGCCUUCCAUCUCCAUGAUGAACCAGAGCAGCCAAGGAAGCAGCAUGAUGGGUCAGAGACCACUUGGACCCUACCGGCCCUCACAACAAGGCUCUUCCCAGCAGUACCUGGGGCAAGAGGAAUAUUACAGCGAACAGUAUGGCCAUAGUCAAGGAUCUUCAGAACCCAUGACUCCACAGUACUACACUGAUGGGCAUGGGGACUACUCCUACCAGCAGUCAUCAUAUGGAGAGCAGAGCUACGACCGGACAUUUGAGGAUUCCUCUCAGCAUUACUACGAGGGAGGAAAUGCGCAGUACAGCCAGCAGCAGACAGGAUACCAGCAAGGGAGUGGCCAGCAGCAGGCAUAUUCACAACAGCAAUACUCCAAUCAGCAGAACUACCCCGGGCAGCAGCAAGGAUAUGUUCCAGCACAAGGAGCAUCCUCACAGUAUUCUGGCUACCAGCAAGGUCAGGGCCAGCAGUAUCCCAGCUACCGGACCUCCCAGACAACAUCCACUGCCCAGCAACAGAGGCCUUAUGGCUAUGAGCAGGGUCAGUAUGGAAAUUACCAGCAAUAAACGGAUCAGCCGGCCAAUUGCUCCUCAUACAGUGGCUCCUGGGGAACAAUUAGGCAGGACUGUGCUGGGUGCUUGUAUAUAUUCCGCUCCUCACCUCACAGCACAAAUGGAACCGAGGAUAACGGACAUGGACACUCCCUCCAUAAAGAACUUGAUUUUUCCUGAAGGCAACUGAUUGUACAUACAUGGUACAUUUCCUCAUGGGUGGUGUUGUUAGACGGCACUGAACCUCAUCUCAGUCCAAGGAACCACUACGACCAGAAGCCAAAUCUAGAGACUACUUUGUGAUUAAACUACAAGAGAACACAGCUAAUUUGCAAUAAGAUGCUGGACAGACAUGUGGCAGUUCUAGAGUCUAGUGAGGUACCACCUGCCUAUGUGUAAUCUGUGCAGAACCCCAGGUGGCAUCUAGCAUGUCUGCCAUUUUUCUACUGCCCUUCAUUUAUAGUAUAGACAGGCAUCUCUGUCUCCCCUAAUACAUCCCUGUAGUAACCCAUAGUCCAGUAUAGUCAAUUUAUGUUGUACAAUCCAGAUAUGAUGAUGAUGAUGGCGAUAAGGUGGUUGCACUCUGUUCUGCUUGAAUUCUAUCCAUGAUGCCAGAUACCUGGAGGCUUGUUUUGGCCCAAUCCAUAUAUGUGACCCAAGAAGGCUCAAGGAUGGUCCAAUCUCUUAAGAAGCAAGACCUUAGAUGUGCGUAGGAGGUUCUUGAACCAAUCUUAGAAACCAGAUAAAAUCCAAGAUGGCUGGAGGCUGUUCUUAAAUAAAAGCUAGACAUGAUCCCAGAUGGCUGCACAUUGUUCUGCAUGAAUGGGCAGCUAGGAUUCACGAUGACUGCAGGAUGCUCUUGUUCCAGUACAUUAGGAAGAGGUUCAUCACUCAAGAUGUUCUUGGACUGUUCCAUUGGAAAGCCAUUUUGUAGACUGUGAGUUUCUACUUUCAUUUGUGUUCCGGUGAUGUUCUUCAGUUCGAGUGUCUCUGUUGAGUGCACCAGAGAAGAUAGGCGCAACCCGUCGUUUCACAUGAUUGGCAGCUUAUGUGUUAAUGUUGGGUUUUUUUUGUGUGAUAUUUACUGUAUUUCUGCACCCACAGAGCUUACAUUCUAAUACCUGGAUUGUCCAACCCAAGGUCACACACAAUCUGAAAGAAAAUGUAUCCACUUUUUUGCCUCUCUAUGGUGGGUUAUGAGGUUGUUUAUUGUUGUUAUUAGUUAUAAACCAGUUUAAAUAUUAUAAUGCAAGGCCACAAGGACAAAACAGUUGCACUUUCGCUAUUUACAUUGAUUUGGGUUAUUUUCUGUGUUCUUUUAUUUAUUUUUAUUUUUUUUAUACCCUGGCUGGUGCAUUUUUAUGUAAAGAUUGGAUUUACUUGGAGAUAGAUAAUGUAUAGGCACCCAGUGAAUUCAGCCUUCUUCGUCUAUUUAGUUUUACUUAUGCAGGAGGCAUCCCCUGAAACUUCUCUGCUCAUUUGUACCAUUCUUGUCACAUUGAAUAAUCAAACUGAACAGAGAAGUGUCAGGGGAUGCUUCCUGCAGUUCUGGUUUGCUGGCCAGUAGGACAAAAAACAGGGACCACUCCUGUUGCAUAUUAAUUAUUGUUAGCAGUGCAGAACUGCUUUCAUGAAAACUAAAAGAAAUAAUGAAUGUAAAUUGCUGAUAAACAAUGUGCCAAUUAAGAAUGACCCUUCACCCCCCCCCCACCCCCACAGCCUUCCAGUGGUUGCAAGAUUGCAAGAUUUUAUUCUUGCACCUUGUGAAAGAUACAAGAUGGCUGACGUUAACACAUUUAUCUGGGUUUCAGAGCCAAAAAGGGGUAAGAACAUGUAAAGCAAGAAGCACACUGAGGUUAGGGUGCCAUAUACUGUAGGUCUUAAAAUCAUCCCACAAAACACAAUAAGUGUGGUCCCUAAUGUGUUAAUACACAGCAACUCCCAGCAUCCUGAUUCUGGGGAAUGUGUGAACCAAAGAUUUAUUUCUAUAGGUGCUUUCUUUCUUUCUUUCAAUGGAAACUGAAGCUAAAAUACAUGAUGAACCUAUGAGAAGAUUAUAUAGUGGAAAGUGGAGAGGAAACAUUCUUGCAGGGGGACUUGGAAAAGUCAAGUUACACCACUGCUUGUAGGGUUUGGGGGUGGAGAAGGAAGGGGUUCAAAUGGGAAAAAGUUUUACAGUUCUAAUGUACGGUAUCCAGGGGAGGGUUAUUUUGUAUUUAUUUGCUGUCAGUGUCUCCUGUAUAGUUUGUUAGCAGCUCCAGGGGUGGGAAAUCGCUUUGUGAUGAAAAAAUAUUCUUUAUUUGCCACCUCUGUAUUUCUGAAUGUUUGGAAAAUAUGUCUUUUAUGAAGAUUUCAAAGAACA